ACCGUUGCCCUGGCAACAUGUAACAAACGAUUUUACGGUCGCCAAGAAACGGUUACCUUGUAACGGCCCUUUUAGCAAUUGAGCGCGUGUGUAUCACAGAAUGGUUGCAAUGUCGGACGCUGGAUCUGAAGAAUUUGAUGACGAUCAGGGCAACCUCGGAGAGUACGACGGUGAACGAAACGAGGCAGGAGAGAGACAUGGAGUCGGGAAAGCGGUGUUACCCAACGGAGAUACUUAUCAAGGAUUAUAUGAAAACGGGAAAAGGAGUGGUCAGGGAACAUAUCGGUUUAAAAAUGGAGCUCGGUAUGUUGGAGAAUACGACAUGAACAAGAAGCACGGACAGGGCACUUUCUACUACCCCGAUGGAUCCAGAUAUGAAGGUAGCUGGGUUGAGGACCAGCGCCAAGGUCAUGGUGUAUACACUUAUGCCAAUGGAGACAUAUAUGACGGAGACUGGCUGCAUCAUCAGAGGCAUGGGCAAGGAGUCUACACAUACCACGACACAGGAUCCAGGUACGUGGGCACCUGGGUGACGGGCAAGAUGGAGUCAGCCGGCGAGUUCAUCCACCUCAACCACAAAUACCAGGGCAACUUUGUUAACAACAACCCAUCUGGACCAGGGAAGUACGUGUUUGACAUUGGAUGUGAGCAGCAUGGAGAGUUUACCCAGGUGGAUCAGGAUGGGGCUGAUGGCGAGGAUGAUGACCCCAUCUCUACCACGGUUCUAAAAUGGCGGCCGACGUCCAUCACCAGUCUCACGCGAAUGACCCCUGCCAAAGAUCAGAAGAAACCACCCUCACCAGAACCAGGGAAGGGACCGGAAGGGAAGGAGAAGCAGGAGGAAGAAGAGAAGCUGAAGGUGGAAGCAACGGUGACCGAGGGACAGGCCCUUGCAGAGGAACAAACAGGGAGAACCAAGACCCCCACUACCCCAGAGCCCGAAACACAGAAACCACCUGAGCCAGAGGAUAAAGAGGACUGACCUCCUUCAAUAAUCACAGAUUACACAGAUGCCUUCACUCAGUUGAUUUGAUGUGCUUUCAUAAUAAAUUAUAAUUUUAUUAGUGAAUGUC